GGUGUUUUCAAUUCAUAUAUAGUCGAAGUGAACUCAUAUAUUAUCCAAAUGGUUACAUAAAUUGAAAAAGAACAAUAUCAGACAGCCAUGGCUUUCCACAAUUUGUACAGCAUUAAUAAAAUAUAUGUAUAAAUUUGCCUCACAGGUACUAUCUUACCCCUGAUUGAAGUGUUCCCUGAUAACUAUCAAGUAUGAUAAAUCAUGUACUUAAGAAAAUACCUUUUGCUGAUCAUACUUUAAAACUUAUAAAGUAUAAUCAAUAAAACCUCAUAAAUCAGGCGUUAUCUUUUAUCCAAUUUUAACUUUAUAAAAUUUAAAUAUUUGAUAGCUAGAUAAUACAUUGUGCAAAAUUAUACACAUCCGACCAAUGUAAAGGUGUGCAAAUAUUAAACAACUAGAGCUAUCACUGAAGUUGAUUAAUACCCCUACCAGCCACUUUGACUUUUUAAAAAAUAUAACUGGUUUGAAGAAAAAUUUGAACUUAACCUAUAUUUCAUGAAGUUUCAACUGUGUACAAAGUAAUAUUUCAAUUAAUUACAAUACCAACUGGGAUCUUCAUAUAAGCUUGCUAUACACCAAGUUUAUUCCAAAGUCAAGUGAUUGUCAUUCUAUAUCUAGUAACAGUGACCUUGACUUUGACCCCAGGAGGUCCAAAUGCAAUACCAACAAGUGUCUUCAUAUAAGCUUGCUAUACACCAAGUUUGAUUACAAUAUCUCAUUCCUAACUCUAGUUAUUGUCCGGGAACCAUUUUUCUAUUUUCAAUAACAAUGACAUUGACCUUGACACCAGGAAAUCUAAACGGAAUACCACCCUGGGUUUCCACAUUUUAGUUGCUAUAUACAAAGUUUGAUUACAAUAUCUCAUUCCUAACUCAAAUUAUUGUCCAGAAACCAUUCUUCUAUCUUUAGUAAUGGUGACCUUGACUCCAGGGGCGUUCAAAUGCAAUACCAAACGGGGUUUCCACAUAAGGUUACUAUAUACCAAGUUUGAAUACAAUACCUUAUUCCAAACUCUAGUUAUCAUCAGGACACCAUGAUGUCGACCGACCAAUUGACUGACUGGCCAACAAGCUGACUCCUAUAUACCCCCCUAAACUACGUUUGUGGGGGUAUAAUUACAUAGAGGAUUUUGAAUGAGUGUAGUUUAAUACUUAAUUUAUUGAACGAGUUGAAUAAAAUCAUAUUAUGCGAGCUUCUGGCGAGCAUAAUAUUGUUUUAUUCAAUGAGUUCAAUAAUUUAGUAUUGAAUCUUCACGAAUAUAAUAUUCUAUUUAUCACAUAUAUGUAGCAAGAACAGUAAACUGUUAAAAUGGUAAUUUUUCAAUGACGCGCCUAUAGUGUAACGCUAACAUUAGCGCGCUUUAACGCUAUGUUUAUAUAUAAGGAAAAUGACGUCACGUCAAAGUGUUAUUACACUAGUGUAAUAUCGUUUUUAUAAAAUGGCUUGAUUACACUCGUGCCCCGCGGUUUAUGUGAUAAAUUGAAAUUUAAAAUUGCUCUGACACCCAAGAUCCAAUGCUAGAAAUGUCUACCUUUUCUAGAAGCAGAAGUACAUUGUAAGUCACUGAGAAGUUAGAUUCCCAUACAAGUCAACAUUACAAAAGUGUAAUGUGGCCAUCUUUUAUAUAACUUUUGUAGAUGUCCUCUAUGUAAUGCCACAUUAUAUAGAUUUAAACUCUAGGUCAAGUUGUUUCACAAUGAAUUCAAUGACAUUUUCUAAGUGAUGUAAAGUAAGUAGACAUUUUUGAAGCAAUGAGCAUGAUUUUAAGAAUCACUUAUGUAGAAGGUUUCAUCUAAGUUUUGGACAUUUCAGUUUCUUAUGAGAAACUUUUAUUUUCCAGGAAAUAUUAUAGUAGUGAAAAUGGGGCAUUGUCAUUUUUGAAUAAAGGGACAGAAUUUAAAUUUUACUGGUAAAGGUUCACACGGAAAAUGCUAUAUAUUUGAUAUCUUUGCUCUAUAUCAUUGUCCCUUCACAAAAUAUUUUUUUAUAUUCUUUCCAAUAUCAGUCUAUGCAACUUGUGUGACCCAUGAGUGCAGGGUCAGUUUGAUCCUAGGGGUGCUUUAUAUAACUUGAAAAACAGAUGCUAGAGUAACAUGUGUACAACAUUGUGCAUUAAUUCUCUCAUAACGCUUGGUUAAUGUGCCCCUACAUUUUGUAAAGAAGUAUAUUUUUCUAUACUGAUAUCCCAUAAACCAUUGCUGGAUUUCUUAUCGCAAAUAAACUUUAUUUGUAGAGCACUUUACCCACAACAGCCAUCAUAAACGUUUCUGAUUUCAAUACGGUCAGCUUUGGAAACAUAAAAUAAAAAUUAUAUAUUAAAAUGCGACAGAUUCUGCUUCAAAUAAAAGUGAAUUUUAGAUGGAAAAUUUAAUAGCAUAUAUAAAGAAAGACUUUACAUAAACAAGAUGGCUGACAGUGUACCUGGGAAACUUGUAGACUUUACAAAUCAACCAAACAAGGAAGUAACAAGUGGCUUUAUAUAUUGUGACCCUUGUUACCAAGAUGGAGAGGAAAAGGAAGCAGAAGGAUUCUGUGUGGAAUGUCAGCAUUACCUUUGUGAUCAAUGCUUUAAGUAUCAUUGCCUUCCGAAACCAUCAAGGCAUCACAAAUUGCUAGGGAAGUCAAAAAUGCCAAAGAGAAAGAUUGAUGAAAGUCUCUCUGAAACCUGUUCACAUCAUGAGGGAGAGACCAUUAAAUUUUACUGUAAAACACAUGAGACAGAUGGCUGCAGCUCUUGUAUGAUCAUACACCACAAACCAUGCCUUGAAAUCUGCACCCUCACAGAUAUAGCUAAGGAUGUUGAACUAUCAUCUGCAUAUAAAGAAUUCUGUACAAGAAUAAAGACAGCCAAGACCAACCUAAAGGAUCAAAUAAAAGCUGCAAGAGAAAACAUAGCAAUAAGUAGAUCUUGCAGAGAAAUGGCUCUUUCUGAAAUCAAAAAGCAACAGCAGAAAAUCAACAUGCAGUUUGAGUUGCAAAAGCAGGAACUUGCAAAAGAAGCUGAGGAAAAAGAGAACAAUGAAACAAAAAAACUGAAAGAAGUUGAAGAUGCAGCCAAUAAUACAAAAAAUGUUCUAGAUAACCUGAAAGAAAAUGUUCAUAUACUGGAGGAAACUAAACAAAGCAAACAGCUAUUCAUUGCAUUAAAGAAAAAUCAAGAAAAACUGAACUCUCUUGAACAAAAAGUGGCAGAUAUUCAAAAAGAAAACAAAGUGGACAAAUAUUGUUUUAUUCCGAACAAGUUUCUAACAAGUAUGCUGAAAAAUGUUGAUGCUCUUGGUGAACUGCGUGUACAAAAUGAAGAAGAGUCAGAGGAGGAUCUGAAGGGUUUCUAUGGAAACUAUCCUGAAUAUGGAAUGACAAGAGGAUACUAUAUAUCAGAUGAAAAUGUAAUUGAACUAGAUACAAUUUACAAUCGUAUAAGGCUGUUUGCAGCAAAUGAACAAACAUUCGUAACGGAGAAAGAAUUAACAUCAUGUCCAUGGGAUAUUACAGCUAUUGAUGAAAGCAAGUUUGCCUUAACAUUGCCAAAUGAAAAUAAAAUCAAAAUCAUGUCUGUUGAAGACAAAGACAUUACAGAAGGAGCAGAAAUCAGCGUUGAUGCUAGAUGUGAGGGUAUACACUUUGCAUUGGACAAGCUAUAUGUAGCAUGCAGUAAACCAGCACAAGUUUUAAUUCUGAAUACAACAGGAAAAAUAAUCCAAUGUUGUAUAAAAGAUCAAGCAGGUGAGCAGUUGUUCCAACAACCAGCUUAUAUAUAUUUCGAUACUGAAAAGCAACUGAUUUGUGUCUCUGACAGAAAAGCAAGCUGCAUUGUAAGUAUGGCAACUGAUUGGAAAGUGCAAAAUGUCUUCAGAAAGGAAGAUUGGAAAAUGCCUCUAACAAUUAUUAUAAAAGACGAUAAGAUCUCAACUUCAGACUUCGAAAAAAGAAACAUGUCAACCAUAGAUUUAACUUCUGGUAAAAUUGACAUUGAUGAAAAACUUGUAUUCAUGCUUUGUAGUUCUAAAGGAAUGUCCAAGUCAUUAGUAUGUGCAAUUGGUGUAAAAUGAUAAACAUUGACAUUUAUAACAUGAUGAAUAAAAUGUAAACUUUGAUGUACAUCACAUGAUGACAAAUAGAACAUAUAUAUUAAUUAUAUUAACUGAUGAUCAAUAAAACAUGAACAUUGACUUAUAUAAGAAAAAACCAAGUUUUUUUCUUAAAUAUACAUGUAUAAGUAAAUUACUGCAUAUUAUUGUUAAUAUUACUACUUUCUGAUAAGUAGUGAAAAAAAAACUUA